AUGGCAAAGAAGUCUGGCAACAAGCCAAUCCGGCGCCCUGCGCUUCCAAAGGCUCCCAUCAUCUACAUCAACGAUCCGGUCGCAGGCAUGCCUCAUGCCCGCUAUAUCCGCGACCUGAUCCCAAAUUGCAUCCUUGCCUUCGGCCCUCCUGAUGACAAAGACGCUCUUGCGAAAAGCACUCCGUACUCACUUGAGAAGAUCCAGAAGCAGCUCAAAUUGGACAAGUUCAACGACCGUGUUCUCGUGGUCGGAGACAACCGUGUUGAUGAAGACACAGAGGUCAAGAUCGAGACAGCCAAGGAAUUCCACAAGCACGCCAUCAAGUACGGUUGCAACUUUGCCAGCAUCAACUUGUACUUCGACGGCCUCGCGUCCGAAGCAAAGCUGAAAUCCUGGAACAGCAACCACCUCAACCUGUGUAUCAGCAACAUUCCUGUCAAAGACAUUGCGGAGAAAAUUUUCCGCUGGCUUUUUACGGCCCUGACCGUCCACGAGACCCUGCACCUCAUCCCAGACUCUGAAAUGACCAAGAUCGACACGAAGUCUUUCCCGGAUUACAAAUACUGCCCCAUUAGUGACAGCAAGUACCACGGCAAGGACGCAAAGAUUCAAUUUGUGGCACUGGUCACGUCUCGUCCUGAAGUGGUUGGCGACAGACUCCAAUGGAGCGUGGCUGACAAGACUGGCAGUGCCCACUUCUACUUCCAAUAUCGCGGCCCUAGCAGUCAAUACACGUGGGAUUGGGUGCAGAAGCUCCAAGUCGGCGAUCGCAAAGUCCUCCCUCGCAUGCCAAUGGUCAAGAUCAAAGAACGCAAGACGGUCCGCGUGGCCAAGGCACCCUUCCGAGCUGCCGGAUACGCCGUCCAAGGAGUCGGUGUCGCAGUCUCUGGGGUUGCACGUGGCCUCGAGAAGAUUGGCGAGAUGAGCAAGAUGGGCAAGAGCGCCGAAUGGGUCCCCGAGGCCGACGUCCUUGACGGUAAGAAAGUAGGCUGGCAGGCAAAGCAGAAAGAACUGGCCAAGAGAGUCAAGAUGGAGAAGGCUGCGAAGAAGGUUGAUUACAAGGUCUUCAACGAGAAAGGAGAGAAGACUUGGAAGGACGAUGACAGUGUCGCGAGCACUGCGAAGGGCAGCGACGCUGAACUCGUGCUUGAGAAGGAGUUUUGUUGA